AUGAAAUCAGUAAGGAAAACUUUUGACAGCUAUUCGAAGCAACAUUCUCCUGAUUUAGAAGAUUCUUCUUCCCAGCAGUUAAUUCAUCCAAAAUUCUUGAAUUUCCAAUACGUUAAUAAGCCAAAAAGAGAAUCCUCAAAAAGUCCUGCAAAUACCAAAAAUUUUUAUAUAGAAGGCAAAUCCAAAGGAAAUAAAUCAAAUAGCAUCGCGAACAAAAUAAGAAAUGUAGGUAUUUCGCCUGCAGGGUCAUUUACGCAAAGAAUUGCUAUUAAAAAUGUUAUAGAUAAAAGCCUUACUUUAACCAAAAUUGGCAAGCAUGACUCUAAUCAAUUUAUAUUGAGCAAAAAUAGAACAAAAGUAAUAAAUUCUAUAAAAAGUAUUGAUUUAGACAAGUUGACACAGUUUAAAGAUCAAAUAAACCAUCUUAAGCACUUCAAUUCUUUAAAAACUGGGCUUAGGAUGAAUUUUGAAAGAAUUCGAGGAAAAUCAAUCCCAAAAUGAGACUGCAUGAACAACUUAAAUGCAAAACUAAAAGAAAAUCCUGAUAAUUUGAAAGACUUAAUUAACAGUUUUUCAGAACUUAACGAAAUUGUUGGGAAAUUUUUAAAAGUCAUGAAUGAUCAAGAAGCUGUUGUAUUAGAGCUACUAUGAAGGUGUGUGAUAAUUCAAUUGGACAUUGGAUUAACCAAAUUAUAUAAAAGCUCAAAUACUACACCAAGGGAUUAUUCGCCAGCUGUGAAUAAUAUCGAGCUAAAACUGAAUGAUGAAGCUGAGCAAAUAAAAAAAACAAAAGAACAGUUAAAUAAUUUAUUAUGACAAGAAGAAAAAAUACCUAAAAAAGAAAUUGUCAAACUUGAAGACAAUUUUUUAGUUGCAAAAUAUGACGUUGAUUGUGUGAUAAAUACACAAAAUUUAGCUCACAAGUUAACUGAAAUGAAAGGGCAGCUGAAAGAAAUUGAUAAUUUGUUUGAAAAAAAUAAAUUUUUUUCUGAGAGCUAUAAAGUUGGAGAGAGCCAAUGAGAAAAUUCCCAAGACUCAAGGAAUGAGCAAAAUAAGACAUAG